CAGUUCUCUCGACAGUUCUCGAUGAACCCUCCGGCGACGUAGGAGUACACUCGCGAGAAGCAGUAUAUCUAUUUUAGUGUUAUUAAUUAAAAUGCGAUGACGAAGGUUGGAAGUUCAGCCGAAAUAAAAUUGGGUUACUUCGACAUGUAACAAGACGGUUGUUUAGUGGGUUGUGAUGAAGAAGAUCAUUGCGAAUAAAGGAUAAUAACACCUUCUACAGGAAGAGUCCACCGUAUCGGCUCCGUCGAAGUUUCACGUUCACAAAUUUUGACAUACACAACCCUUCAACUUAGAUUCCGUACCAAUGCUGUCCAAUAAAUUCGUCCUUGUGCGGUGUAGGGGCGCAAAGCCAGUAGGAAGUGAAGAUGUUGUCGUACAUGUUGCCGACCGUGGACAAACCGCCGUCUGGCGAUCUCAAUCAGAAUAUACGUUUGGGCAAGAUUCAGGAUCAAAACGACCUGCGAAACUACUCGUCAAACUCGACGAAGACGGUUCUGAAUUCGAAUAGAACAAUGAACUCGACUAUACUAUCCAGAUUCGAAGAUGGCGUCGGCGAUCGGUACCAUCAGAACCAAGUCCAAGGUCAAACCGUGAUACCAAUCGAGAGUCCCAAGCACAAUGCACAGAAUGGUACCGCCCGAAAGUCUACCCUCCAUACCUCCAAGGUUUCUAAGGACGAUAGUCUCUACAGUAUCGAUAGUGACGCCAGUACUGUAGGAAGCGACCGAAAAAACAAAAUUCUCAAUGGUACAAAGCAUGCCAAUCUCAAGAGGGUGUCAUUUGGCUCGAGUAAGGGGUCAAUGGUCGAAACCCUUGUCUUCGAGACUCCAGUCCAAGAAGAGCCUGAGAAUAAUCACUUCUUGGACAACAAUGGUCGACUUGAGCAUCCAGCUUCCAUGAUACCAGUUCCUGAUACAGACGAGGGUAGAGAGAAAGUGCGAGUUUCGUUAGUGGGCGCACAGCCCUCACCUGCAACGCCUGGAGUCCUUUUGCUCGAUCCAAUUGGCCCUUCGACGGGUCAUCUGAUAGACAUCAUGGCAGCGAGUCCUGCAGAACUUUUAACCACACAUACUGAGCACACCACUCCCACCUACCACACGCAAAUAAGUACGGACAGCGGAUGGGAUAAUCCGUUCAGGCCUGAUGGGGACUUGUCGAGAGAAGCUGACGAGAUAGUCGAGCUAAUCAAAGGUGGGAAGCCCAUAACGCCGACCCCUGGACAAAAUGCCCCACCCUUGCCAGGUUGUGAAGGACGAAAGGGCGAACACGAUUCAAGUUCGAGUCCCCUUCUGGACUCCACGACGAGGCAGGGAAAUGGAAAUGCUCACAGCACACCGUCGAAGCCCGUCAAUGAAAAAGUGGGCUCGACAACAAGUGCGACCGUGGAAGUGGGCCGAGUGACGGCUCAGGGUCCCGGGGACGCCUCGCAGGUUGAGCACGUCACCUUGAAGAAGAAACCCAAGUGCAAGUGCUGCGUGCUCCAGUAACAAGACCAAGAGGAGGGAGAUUGAAAGAGCGAACUCAUCUCUACAUCAAGAUUCAAAAUCUGAUUGAAUCCUCGUCAAUUCAUGUUAGGACAGUGAGGACAGGGGCCACGGGAAUGAAAGCUCGAUUUCAGACCCAGGGCGCUCAAGUUGGACGCGACGCGAACUCACCUGUCGACAAAAUUUCCUGUCUUUCUCCUCCAGCAGGAGCCUCCAAAAAUGGUGAAAAAUGAGGGCGGGGACGUAAAAACGAAAAAACGUCAACUGUUGGAAGUGGUGGUAGAAGACAAUUGACGAUCCGGAAGGAUCAAGAGACAGUGAAACUCUUCUACGUGAUACGACACGAGACGGGGAGACAUAUUGAAAUAUAUUGUAGAUACAGAAUAGUAGCUAUCCAGCUUACGCUUUUAAUUAUCGUGGUUACUAUCGUUAAGAUUAUCGUGACUAAAGUCAGGAGAAAACAUGUGGAGACGCGCUUUCUCGACGGAGAAAUGCAAUGUCUCUCCUUGAGAAAAAAGCGUCCUCUUCAUUCUCUUCUGGCAAUUGAAAGAGAAAAUGAAAAUCACUUGCACACACGAACAGUGCGGCUCCACGAGCUUUCGCGAAAGCGUGUACAGUGGACACAGAGUAAAGAUUCAGGAUUUUUGAAGUAAGUUGUGAAUUGUAAAUAUUGAAUUCUCGUGAGCGCGAGGAUGGAUUGUGAUGGCAGGCGCGAGAACUCGAGAGGGAGGAUGGAAGGGAGUUGGGAGAGAGUUCUGGAGGCUUCGAAAUAGCUUUGGGGACCCUCUCAUUUGCUGCUAGUGCACAAACUAAUGUAAAACGCAUAAUUCUUAAGCAGGCAUUGUUUUCGUUGUGAUUAAUUUACCCAUCCACCACAUAAUGUAGAUGACAAGACGUGCACGUUCAAGUUUAUUUAUUUUCCUUUCGAGUAGCUAGAGAAUCGCUCGUACCUAUAUGUCCUCAUUAUUAUAUAGAUUCAUUCAUGUGCAGAUAUGUAUGUAUGUUUCGAAAUUCCUAUGUGUAUAUAUUAUUAUAUUUAUGUAUACUUGUAAUAACUACCCCAACAGCACGCAAUACUGCUGCUGCAAUAUAAAAAUAUGUCCUCUUCCCCCAAUAAAUAUUGCUGAAAUGAUGCAGCAACGAGACCCUCCAACAAAAUAAUCCUCUCCAAAAUUCACUUGUGCGUAAAAUAAUGCAGGAAAAACGAGGCGAAUGCCAUGCAGAAACGAUGGAUCAAUUUACAAGGACACUCUUCUACCUGAUGUGGUCCUAAUUCCUGAUCAUGUAAAGUAAAGACCCCAGUUAGUGACACUCUUAGUUUUCGAGAGUACAAAAUUUAGCUUUUCACUGUUGGAUACGCUUCAAUUACGAUUUUUUUCGUAAGAAUAAGUGAAGUAGUUGCUUUUUAAUGCUGGAGACAUGAUUUCAGCCAUUUCUGCAUUGUUAAUUAAUAUUUAUUAACGUUUUGUGUGCUUCGUGAGAGUGGACAUAUUUAUAUGCUACUAGUAGAACCAGUCAUGCAUUGCUGUGGCUCAGUUAAUACGUUGAAUGAAUAUUAUGCUAAAUUUGACGCCAUCUAUUGGUUGCUCGCCCAACCUAGAUAACGUGAAAUGUUGAGAUGUCGGUCAAUAAACUAACUUACACCUCCAUCUGUUUGAAAGUUGUGGAAGUUACAAAUAAAAACACUUAAUUUGCAAUUUAAAAAAAUUGAGGUAAUUAAUCGAGAUAAAAAGUAUCCUAUCCCUCAAGUUGGACCAAAUUACACACAGUAUACAAAAUUUCAUCAAGAUCGGUUAAGUAGUUUCGGAAUUUAGUGGCAACAAACAUCGUGACACUAACUGAUUUCUUUACUUUAUUAUCAGUAACUUACAUGAGAAGAUCUUGCCGCCAAAACUUGCCAGGAAUUUGAAUCAUCCUCUUCCAAAAUUGCAAGAUUAUUCCGCAACAUUGUAUGAAUCAAAAUUGCCGCAUCAAUUCAGUAAUUUUGCUGCAAUAUUUUCAUGCAGAAUUGCGUGCUCUUUGGGGACAGUCUUUUAAGCUAUUUCGGACGUAUUCUUCAUUUUGUUCUUAAUUCUGGUGAGGACAUUUUUUAUUUUCUUUGCCAAUAUAGCGAAUUAAUGUAUUAUACAUACUGUAAGUAAUCGUGAAAUCCUGAAUAUUUACCGAAAAUCUUGGUGAAGAUUAGAUUUAGUCCAUGAUGCUACGUUAAAAUGAAAGACAAUUGAAACACAGUUGAAGCCUGCUCCACUAUAAGAGUGCAUGUAUACGAAUAAGAGAUAAAAAUAAGAAACCCGAGUGACUUUUGACGAAUUGAAUGCACUUUUGUACGGGGCAGACUUAAAUUAUUGGCACCAAUUGCUAAAGAUGAGAUCAAAUCUUAUAUUUUAAAUGACUCAUGUCAGUAAACAAAAUUUCAAAAUCUAUUCAGAUAAAUUAUAAUUAUUAUUUAUAAUUUAUUAUCAUUUUACUCUCCUUUUGCCUGAUUCCUUUUUUUCUUUUUACCUUUACUAUCCUUCGAUAGAUUUCGCCAUAAUCAUUUUUAUCUGGGUUAUCAGUUCCGUAAAAAAGAAGGAACUGGAAAAGUAAUGUUCAAAAAGUAUUUUACAAGCUGAUUCUCAUCAAGGAUGAUGGGUUUGGUAACCCAGAAUUUUUACCUCGCUUUGCAAUGAUUUAUAUUUUUACCUCAUAUCUUUCCUCCUUAGAAAACAGUUUGAAUUUUAUUUUUGUGUUGAUUUUAAACCCAAAAAAGAAUUAAUUUGAAAGAGAUAUCGAUGAAAAGUACUGUAUAUUAAUUAGAGAUCCUUCUUCCUCGAGAUAGAAGAAGAAGAAGAGGAAUAUGAAAGCUUGCCCAGGUUUUUCACACUAAACUUAGGGACUAAAGUUCGAUCUGGAUUGCAUUUCGAUCUUCUCGUGUGUUUUUUAUACGAAGCGACUUUGCAAAAUGAAUUUUAGCGCCAACUCUUUUUCAAAGAUUUUUUUACCGCCGAUCGCUGAUUAUUAUAUUAUAUUUACAAGUACAGAUCGAUAUGUGCGUCGACGUUAGAUUUCUAACUUUUUAACAAAACGAAAAUGCGUUUUUUAGCCGAUUUUCUUGAGGAGAGAAAGUAAGAAGAGUAAAUCGAAUAGAAAUUCGUCGUACGAACAAGAUUUUUGGCCGAAGAUCCGCGUUAGAGGUGAGAGGAGGCAUGACUGGACGUUGCGUUGGUUGGACUAUGUGACGAUGAUUUGUAUUAAUUUAGAAUUAAGUUCCCGCGGAUGAACAUCGCAUGCACGAAAAUCUUGUAACACUGUUGACUCUGCCGAGCUUACAGAUAUUAAAUGAUAUUAAACGAA